CCUGGUCAGCUUUUGAUUUCUGUACUAUGUGUUAUUCAAAUUGGUUAUCCCCCAACCAGUCUGUCCAGCCAUUGGGUGCUGCGCUGGGUCUGGUUGGCCUAGAAUAAGGACUGGGUUUGACUUUUAUUUCUCAUUAUUUCGACCCUUGGAGAACGUAAUGGAUUGGACACCUGCAUUUCCUUCAGCACCAUGACCCAGACACUACCAUCCCCAUGGUUACCAUGGGGUCACAUUCAAAGUUUCAGCAAUUGAAUCACAGUAAGCAGGAGCACUAUUCUUCUGGUACCACUAUACUAUUAAACCACACAGCUGAUGGUGGGGAAGUCCUUGGAUAAGUGUGUGUGUGUGUGUGUGUCUGUGCAUGUCUACAGAGCUGAAGGAGUGGAGUACAGGAUGUCCCAGUAACAGUGGGUCUCAUCGGAUCUCAGAAAGCACUGCUUUGCUUUAUUUAUUUUUCUCGAAUUUCCAACCAAGUUGGAGAAGGCUUUGUGUCUCCCCAGUACAGAAGUGACUAUUUAUUCUGCUCCUAUUUAAUAAGAUGAGAAAAGAAAAAUGCUUUUGGAAAUAUGUAUUAUGUUACGUUGUGAUGAGAAUCAAACAAAAAUAAAUAUGUAUUAUGUUACUAUGUAAUAAAAUCAAGACAAGGGGUUUUCUUUGCUGUUCACUAACAAUGGAGUCAAAUACAGUUACUCCUGGUGGUAUUCAAUGUAUGUUGGAUAAUUCCAACGACAAUGACAUACGUUUUUAAUUGAAUAUGAAAAAUACCUUUAUGGUAUCGACUAUUAGAUUAUUUUUCAAAUAAUUUGUCAAUACAAUCAGGAUAACACGCGUCAACACAGAACAGCUUUGCAGACGUCAGGGGCGCGCGCACAUCGUCAUCCGGUCCGCGCACCCGGUGAAGAACGGAGUUCUCGAGCUACCGGAGAGACUGUUGACAAUGACAACCCACACGGUCCCACUGAGAACAUGAUCCUCCGCCAGCCGCCACAGGCCUGUCCCAGAGCCGCAGUGCCCUGCUGUGUUUGUGGGCCGUGAGCAUGCCCUCGCCCCGGCCCGGUCCUUUCAGCCUGACGUCGAAGCAACCUAAAGCAGGAUGUAUUUCAACCGCUCCAAGAAGAUCCACAGCGAAGGAGAACAGUUAGUGUUGACCGCCAUUAGGCAGGACUCCAGCGAGCUACCAGAGUCUGCUACCAUGCGCGCCUGCCUCACAGACCGGUUUGAUAAAACAUCGCCUCUCUCUCAUCAAUCCAACGGUGCAGGACCCGCUUGCUCUUCCGCCGGGUACCGCAAGGCAGACGAUGAGAUGUCCGGUACUACUUCCCAGGCGGAGACCCUAGAUGCCACGGCGCGGAGCAUCCACCUCCACCAGCCCCAGCUCACCAAAUUCUGCGAUAACCACGUCAGCACAACCAAAUAUGGCGUCCUCACCUUCCUGCCGCGCUUCCUCUACGAGCAGAUCCGCCGUGCCGCCAACGCCUUCUUCCUGUUCAUCGCACUCAUGCAGCAAAUCCCUGACGUGUCGCCGACGGGUCGGUACACCACGCUGGUGCCCCUCAUCUUCAUCCUCACCGUGGCCGGGAUUAAAGAGAUCAUAGAGGAUUCUUAUGAUUUUCGGCACAAGGCAGACAACACGGUCAACAACAAGAAGACAACAGUUCUGCGAAACGGAGCCUGGCAGACUGUCAUCUGGAAGCAGGUGGCAGUAGGAGACAUAGUGAAGGUGACCAAUGGGCAGCACCUUCCAGCUGACAUGGUCAUCGUGUCCUCGAGUGAGCCUCAGGCCAUGUGCUACACGGAGACCUCCAACCUGGACGGCGAGACCAACCUGAAGAUCCGACAGGGUCUCCCGCUCACCGCUGGGCUCCAGUCCCUAGAAGAGCUGAUGUCUCUGUCCGGUCGUCUGGAGUGUGAGGGGCCCAACAGACACCUGUACGACUUCACUGGCACACUGCGGCUGGAGAACCUCAACCCGGCUCCGCUGGGGCCCGACCAGGUGCUGCUGCGGGGCGCCCAGCUCAGGAACACCCAGUGGGUGGUGGGCAUCAUCGUCUACACGGGACACGACUCCAAACUCAUGCAGAACUCAACCAAGGCCCCCCUGAAGCGCUCCAACGUGGAGCGGGUGACCAACGUUCAGAUCCUGGUUCUGUUCUGCAUCCUGUUGGUCAUGGCUCUGGUCAGCUCGGUGGGCGCGGCCAUCUGGAACCGCACGCACACCGAGGAGAACUGCUGGUACCUGUCCCGCGCAGGGGACAUCUCCACCAACUUUGCCUACAACCUGCUGACCUUCAUCAUCCUCUACAACAACCUGAUCCCCAUCAGCCUGCUGGUCACUCUAGAGGUGGUCAAGUUCACACAGGCCCUCUUCAUCAACUGGGAUGAGGAGAUGUACUACAGCGAGACGGACACGCCCGCCAUGGCCCGAACCUCCAAUCUGAACGAAGAACUCGGUCAGGUGAAGUAUCUCUUUUCAGACAAGACGGGAACUCUGACCUGCAACGUCAUGAACUUCAAGAAGUGCACCAUUGCCGGGAUUACAUAUGGACACUUCCCUGAUCUAGAAUGUGAUCGUUCAAUGGAGGACUUCAGCCAACUUCCAGCCAGUAGCAAUAACUCCACGGAGUUUGACGACCCCGCCCUGAUCCAAAACAUUGAGAACCAUCCCACCUCCUCUCAGAUCUGUGAGUUCCUGACCAUGAUGUCAGUGUGCCACACGGUGGUCCCAGAGCGGGACCAGGAGACCCUCAUCUACCAGGCCUCCUCUCCCGACGAGGGGGCGCUGGUCAAGGGGGCCAAGGGCCUGGGCUUCGUGUUCACGGGCCGCACCCCCGACUCCGUCAUCAUCGACGCGAGAGGGAAGGCGCAGACCUACGAGCUCCUCAACGUGUUGGAGUUUUCCAGUAACCGCAAGCGCAUGUCAGUGGUGGUGAGGACCCCCAGCGGGAAGCUCCGCCUCUACUGCAAAGGAGCCGAUAACGUGAUCUUCGAGCGGCUGACCGAAGCAUCACAGUACAAGGAGCUGACUGUGGCCCACCUGGAACAGUUUGCUACUGAAGGCCUAAGGACCCUGUGUUUUGCCUAUGUGGACCUGGAGGUAUCUGCGUACCAGGAAUGGCUGAAGGAGUACACACGCAUCAGCACCGUGAUCAAGGACCGCGCCCAGAAGCUGGAGGAGUGCUACGAGCUGCUGGAGAAGAACCUGCUGCUGCUGGGGGCCACGGCCAUCGAGGACCGGCUGCAGGCCGGGGUCCCGGAGACCAUCGCCACCCUGAUGAGGGCCGACAUCAAGAUCUGGGUGCUGACCGGAGACAAGCAGGAGACGGCCAUCAACAUAGGUUACUCCUGUCGCCUGGUGACACAUGGCAUGUCCCUCAUCAUCGUCAAUGAGGACUCUCUGGAUGCGACCCGGGCCACCCUGACGGACCACUGCACGGCGCUGGGCGACUCGCUGCGCAAGGAGAACGAGCUGGCGCUCAUCAUCGACGGGCAGACGCUGAAGUACGCGCUCUCCUUCGAGCUGCGCCAGGCCUUCCUCGACCUGGCCCUGUCCUGCAAGGCCGUCAUCUGCUGCCGGGUGUCUCCUCUGCAGAAGUCUGAGAUCGUGGACAUGGUGAAGAAGCACGUGAAGGCCAUCACGCUGGCCAUCGGCGACGGGGCCAACGACGUGGGCAUGAUCCAGACGGCCCACGUGGGCGUGGGCAUCAGCGGCAACGAGGGCAUGCAGGCCUGCAACUCCUCUGACUACUCCAUAGCGCAGUUCUCCUACCUGGAGAAGCUGCUAUUGGUGCACGGGGCCUGGAGCUACAACCGUGUCACCAAGUGCAUCCUGUACUGCUUCUAUAAGAACGUGGUCCUCUACAUUAUAGAGCUCUGGUUCGCCUUUGUCAAUGGCUUCUCGGGCCAGAUCCUGUUUGAGCGCUGGUGUAUAGGACUCUAUAAUGUGAUCUUCACGGCCCUGCCCCCGUUCACCCUGGGCAUCGUGGACCGGCCCUGUAGCCAACAGAACAUGCUGCGCUUCCCCCAGCUCUACCGCAUCACCCAGAACGCAGAGGGCUUCAACACCAAGGUGUUUUGGGGUCACUGUAUCAACGCCCUGAUUCACUCAAUCAUUCUCUUCUGGUUCCCGCUCAAAAUGUUAGAGCAUGACUCCCCCUUCAGCGACGGCCACGGGAACGACUACCUGUUUGUGGGGAACAUGGUGUACACGUACGUGGUAGUUACAGUCUGUUUGAAGGCUGGGAUUGAGACCACGGCCUGGACCAGGUUUUCUCACCUGGCCGUGUGGGGCAGCAUGAUCCUGUGGCUGGUGUUCUUCGCCGUCUACUCCACCUUUUGGCCGGCCAUCCCCCUCGCCCCUGACAUGCGAGGCCAGGCGGGCAUGGUGAUGCGGUGCUGGUACUUCUGGCUGGGUCUGGUUCUGGUUCCGGCGGCCUGUUUGCUGAAGGACUUCGCUUGGAACGCCGGGAGGCGCACGGUGAGGAAGUCCCUCCUGGAGGAGGUGCAGGAGCUGGAGGCGCGGGCCGUGGACCCUGGGGCCGCCGUGCUGCGGGACGCCAGCGGGCGCAGUCUAAACGAACGGGCCCAUCUACUGACAAGAGUCUUUAGGAAGACGCCCUCCAGCGUGGGCCGUUCCAACUCGGUGCAGCAGACCGUGACACACGGCUACGCGUUCUCUCAGGAGGAGCACGGAGUGGUGUCCCAGACGCAGGUGGUGCGCUCCUACGACACCACCCGCCAGCGCCCCAGUGUCUAGCCCCCCCCCCCCGCCCCAAACCUCCCCACCCUCCACCUCUUCACCAUCCAGAACCAUCGCGUGGGAUCGCCGUAGCAACAGUUGUCAGGGCGACAGUAGAGGAGACAGCAGACUCAUUGGAUCCGUUGGCCCCCUGUCUUCCAGUGGGUCGGCACCAGGUCCGCUGCUGUUGCCUCGCUUGGACUAUGACCCGUCAACCCCCCCCCAACGUGCCCCUUGGCCCCCCCUUGCCACCAAGGUCAGUGGCCAGGCUCUGUGGACUGUCUCAGAGACCUCCAGGGCUGACUGUAGAGAACGAGAGCGACCCACUGGACGGGAGCCAUCAGCCUCCGGACCCUCCCCCCCCCACCCUACCCACCGGACGGGAGCGCCAGCCUCCGGACCCUCCCCUGUAUCCGUGUAGCCCACCGGCCGGCGUCAGACUCUGCUUCAGUGUGCGACGUCAGUGUGGGCGUUCCUAAUGUUCUCGGUAUCUGCCUGUGCAUGUGUGUGUCUGCACGCAUUGUGUUCCUCCUGUGCGUCAGUAUGUGCGUGUGCUCAUCUGAGUGUAUGUAGCAGUGCAUUGAGAGACAUUGUAUGAAUGAUGACUAUUGGGGAUGUGUUUGUGUGUGUGAACGUGCUUCCUUAGAGCUAGCUUUGACUACCCUCUGUCUGUCGCUUGCUCGCUCGCUCGCUGGGCUUGAAGGUGGGGGCGGGGGAAUAAGCAGGAGAGAGGAGGUAGUCUUAGCCAGUCUGUCAUCACAUGCCCAUGAAGGAGGCAAGGGACCUAAAGUAAACAACAUACACUCGCACAGAAGCCAAUAAGGAAUUCCACACACAGGGAUGGAGGAACCACACACACACACACACACACACACACACACACACACACACACACACACAGUCAUCUCGUUGCGUUGUGUAAAAUCCUCCUCUUCCUUUAUUUAUCUCUUUUAAUUGAUUCCUGCACGGCUGUGCACCAGGUCUGGCCUGGGGAGAACCCCGCGGGCCUGGGGGGUCAAUGGCAACAGCCUGCUUUCAAACAUCCAUCUUUUAAUCAUCUAUCUUUAAACAUCCAUCCUUUAGUCCAACUGGAGUUUCUCUUUUUUUUUUAUGAAAUAAAGUCAUAUAAAUAAAGACAUGUUUUUUUCUUCUAUUUUAAUUAAUGCCUGUUUUGUUUUAAUGUAUUUUUUUACUCAUUCGUGGAGAUAUACUAGAGGGAAUAUUUUACUUGAACUUAGUGCUACUUAGGAAUAUGAAUAAUCCUAUAACAACUGAGAUGUUGAAUCCUGUGAGUUGCAUACUUGUGUCUGUCGUCCGUCUGUCGUCUGCUGGACGCCGCGGCGUCACAGUGCAGGAUUGUUCCACUGCAAGAUGCACAGGGGUGAGGCACGUCCCCCCCAACCUAACCAUUAAACAUAAUCAAUCC